AUGUGGGCCUGCACCGUCCGCAAAGGGAUGCCACUUUUGCUUACUAAAAAGACUCCCUCCCAACGCGCACCCGCCAAUCAGGCUGCAAACCCGGUUUCCCAUUCUUGUGCAGAGAAGCGCCAUGAUCUUCUGUCGAUCGAUGUCAAGAAACAAAACUUCCAUACAUCGCAUGGGAACGCGGAAAGACUUGGACCAGAGGAUAGUGUUGCACGUCCAGCUUAUAUUAGGAAAUUUGUCGUCCAAGGACCAGCAUUCAGCCAGGCAUCUGGACUGUGGGAAUUGUCAGGAGAUAAAGGCGGACCGAGACAGGCUCUGCUUGCUGGCUGCUCGUAG